AUGAACAUCGACCAAGUUAAAUCACUAAUUACUACUAUCAUUGAAAGCAAUGAUAGUUGGCCAAAUGUUAAUGUUUCUUUACAAGGUCACCUCAAUUUUCACAUAUGGAACGAACAAUUUGUUGCCCGGUGCAAAGAAUUAGGGGUUCCUUUGGAAGAAACCAACUUUGAAGACGAAGUAGAAGAGAAUUUACGUGUUGAAGUUAAUGAAACCAUAGAUAAGUUUAUCCAAAAGGGAAUUGAUUCCACUGUUUCUUCGGAAUGUAAAUUAGAAGAUAGCGAAACUAGUGGCAGAAAAAGAUAUCAAGCCAUUGUUGACAAGUUCGGAGGAGAAUUCACUUUGCAAGUUGCUGUUCAAUUAAUAACUCAAUAUUUAAGUAAACCGGUUCCAACCAUUGAAAUCAAACAAUUCUGGGAAAAUAUUAUUAGCAAGUUUAGCGUGGAAGAAUUGGGUGGAAUUGUUUAUAUUGCACAUAUACCACAAGAAAGUCAAGAUUUGAUAUUCCAGGAGAUAGAUAAAAGUGAUGCAACCUUAUCAAUGGCUACAAUUGAAAAAUCCUGUGAAGCUUUGAAUGUCCAACGUCCUGAGAUAAUCAGCUUUUCAUUUAAAGGUAACAAGCGGUCAUAUGCAAAGCCAGAUAGACUUAAUGGUUCUAAAAAGAAGUCCAUUCGUUGCAAAUACUGUACUGCUUUUGGUCAUGUGGUUAGCGAAUGUCGAAAAUUGAAGUCAAAGAGGGCUUCGGAAUCUAGAAAACAAGAAGUCCAUUAA